AACUUAAUAUAAUCUUCAUUUUGCAUUGUUCAUUGGCAGAGGACUUAAAGAUUUAAACUUGAUGGGCUCGACUUUUAAGAUUUUAGCACUGGACUUAUGUUAACUAGGGACUUAGUUAGGCAAGCUAUCAUGGUUAGUUAAGCUAACUAAGUUUGUUAGAAAUUAGUUAGAGUUAGUUGGAAGAAUAACGUCCACAUGGACUCUAUAAGUACACAUGCUAUACACAUGUAUUGGAUGAAUGAAGAAAAUCUAAUUACUUUAUCUUCUUCCUUUCUUUCUUCGGUUUCUGUUUUUACAAAGCUCCAUCAAUGGAGUUUAUCAUGGUAUCAGAGCAGUGGUAGUUCUCAGACCAAGAGCAUCACUGUGCACUGCAGUGUAGUGUACUAAAGUGCUAAGAUUCGAAGCUAAGAAGUAGUUGAAUCAUGAGUAAGCAUCUAAGGAGAAAAUCAAGUCUCGAAGCUGUGAAACAAUGGAAAUUACAGCAGAGUUUCAAGCCGGAUCAAUGGAAACUGGCAACCUAAACUCAAACACAAUAAAUACUACUACUAGAGCAGUAAAUUUUAGUGCUCCAAUUAUAGAUCACAAUCAUCCGCUGUAUCUUCAACCUAAUGACACUCCAGAUAGUUCCUUAAUCUCUUUGCAACUCACUGGAUCAGAAAACUAUGCAAUCUGGAGUAUAUGCAUGCGCAUUGGACUACUAGGAAAGAGUAAACUAGGCUUUGUUGAUGGUAGAUUUCCUAAAUCUAAAUUUGGCCCUGAGUAUUUUGAUAUUUGGAAAAAGCGCAAUACUGUUGUUUUGUCCUGGAUUAUGAAUAUUGUGAGGCCAGGUCUGCUUAGCAGUGUAGUGUAUGGUGAUGAUGCUCACAAAGUGUGGUGUGAUCUAAAGGAGAGGUUCGAUAAGAUCAAUGGUGCACAUGUGUUUCACCUUCAUAAGGAGAUUCACAGUCUCAGCUAGGGAACUUUGUCAGUAACAGAUUACUAUAUUACACUUAAGAGUCUAUGGAAUGAAUCUAGGAAAUUCAAAGAACAUUGUGAGUAUCAAAGACUACUUCAGUUUCUAAUGGGAUUGAAUGAAUCCUACUCAGCUGCUAGAGGCCAAAUUUUGCUACAGACUCCUACUCCUAAUCUAAACAAAGCAUUCUCACUCAUGAUAGAUCAUGAAAGUCAGAAAAACAUGAUUCAUACAAUUUCAGAUGCUUCUUUUCAUAGAGCUAUUGAAAGUACAGCUCUAUUCAGUCAGAAAACUUAUACUCAUGGGAAUGGUAAUUUUGGACAUCAACAAGGAGGUGGUGAUGUUCAUCCAAAUAGAGGACAUUAUGACUCUCAAUAUAAGUCACAUCCACAGAAGCCUCAUAAGGUUGUUGUUAUGUGUGAAGUGUGUGGAUACAGGGGACACACUAAGGAGCAAUGCUUCAAAGUUAAAGGCUAUCCUAUUGGCUGGAGAUCAAAGAAGAAAGGUGGAACCACCAUCUCCUAUGCCAAUCAAGUUGAAACCUCUCAACCUGCUGGCAAUGCUGCUGCCAGUCUGAAUUCUCCAUCUCUAGAAGCCUUCUUCACACAAGAUCAGUAUCAGCAGAUCAUGCAAAUAUUGGCAAAAGAAAGUGAAAAUGCAGGAGAGAACUCAGCUAAAGCAGCUAUUACAGAUAGUACCUUGUCUGCUUUAGUCUCCAAAUAUGUGCCUAUGGAUUGGAUAGUUGACACUGAAGCCACAGACCAUAUGAUAGCUAGACUUGAUGUGCUUGAUACAGUUCAAAUAGUACCUAGUUCUAAGAUGAGAGAAGUCCAUCUGCCUAUUGGUAACGUAGUAUCAGUCUCACAUACUGGAGAACAAAAGUAUUUGGUGGCCAAAGUAUUAAUAAUAUGUUGUUUGUUUCAGAUUUUAAGUGUAACUUGCUAUUUGUGUCACAACUUAUCAAAGAACUUCAUUGCAUGGCAGCUUUCUUUCCUGAUUUUUGUAUUUUUUAGGAUCUCUCCAAUGGACUGGUCAGGGGGAUUAGUAGAGAAGAUCAAGUCUCUACAUCCUCAAGAAAGAUCUCACCAACACAGUUCCAGUUUCUCCUCAUUCAGCAUAUUCAACCAAUAACUCUUCUUCUCCAUCAAGUCAAUCUAAGUCUAUCUCCCUAUGGCAUAGAAUAUUAGGACAUACCCUCAUAGAUAUAAUAAAGAGGUCUACUGGUCUUGAUAUUUUACAUACCACUGUGUAUAUACCUUGUACUGUUUAUCCCUUAGCUAAACAAACU